CAUUUGAAAAUAGAUUGUACUCAUCAUCGGAAAUUCCGAUCUCAUUAUGUAAAGCAAGAAGGAUAAGAACAUUUCUUUUGCCAUGUCAACCAGGGUAUAAUACCGAAAGAUCGAAUGAUUCAAUUUCUAGUGAAAUUAUUGCAAGUUUUAAGUUCACACGCUUGCUGGAUUUGCAUAACAUGGGGAUUAAAACAAUUCCAAGUUCUAUAAAAAAGUUGAAGCAUCUAAGAUAUCUUGAUCUUUCUAUGAAUAAAGACAUUGAGAUGCUUCCUAAUUCUGUUGUCAAGUUGUACAAUUUGCAAACACUUAAACUCUCUGGCUGUUAUCAACUUAAAGAAUUGCCAAGAGAUAUUAACAAAUUAGUCAACCUUAGGUUUCUUGAGAUUGAUGGGUGUUCGGGUUUGACUCAUAUGCCAAAUGGACUGGGCCAAUUGACUAAUCUACAAACAUUGUCAAGAUUUGUGAUGAGUAAGGGUAGGAUCGAUUCAAUGCCUAAGAGUUAUGGUAGAUUGAAGGAACUUGACAAGCUAAAUGAGCUAAGAGGAAAUCUCUCAAUUGAAAAUCUCAAACAAGUAAAAGAUGCUGCAUUAGAGUAUAAGGAUGCAAAUUUGAAAGAGAAACAACGUCUUGAUAGGUUGGACUUAAAUUGGGUAGAAGAAGGCAUUAAUGAGACGGGUGUUGGUUAUGGUGACAUGUCAAUGGAAGCCUUGCAACCGCAUAUAAAUCUCAAAGCAUUGAGUUUAAAGCAGUACGGGGGAGUGAUAUUUCCACAUUGGUUUCUGUCCCUCACAAAUCUUGUCCAAUUUAAAUUAGAUUCAUGUAAAAAAUGCCAAUAUCUUCCACCGUUGGACCAAUUUCCUUCUCUCAAAAUUAUCUAUUUGGAGGGAUUGGAUUCUUUAGAGCACAUAUCUGAUUCAGAGAGAGAUAACAAUGAUUCUUUAUUCUACCCAUCUUUGGAGAAACUCUAUAUUUUAGGAUGCCCUAAUUUAAAGGGAUGGUGGCGGGGAAGGAGGGAUUCUCUUCCUUCAUUUCCUUGUCUUUCCGUCUUAGGAAUUUUGAAUUGCCCUAAUCAGCUGACUUCCUUUCCUUUGUUUCCAUAUCUCGAAAGUUUGUGGCUACGUAAUUGUAGCUUGAAGCUACCAUCAACCGCUUCUUCUUCUUCUUCUUUUUCUACAAUUGUUGGCCCUCUCUCCAAAUUAAGUUACAUGUGGAUAAAGAAAACGGAAGAAGCUUUGCCAGAGGAGUGCCUACCAAAUCUCAUUUCUCUCCGUACUCUAAUUCUAGACGAAUGUCCUCUUCCUCAAGGCAUGCGAUAUCUUACGGCACUUCAAAAUCUGCAUGUUUGGGACUCUGAGGUGGUUGAUUUAUCCAAUGAUUGGGAUGAGAUGGAAUGGCAAGGACUUAGGACCCUUCUCUCUUUGCAUUUCUUUGAACUUCCGAAGUUGGUCUCUCUCCCAAUGGGACUUCAAUAUGUCAGCUCUCUACAAUAUCUCCAAAUUUCGCAUUGUCGUAAUUUGAUAGCCAUACCGGAGUGGAUCUGCAAACUUAUAUCUCUUCAAUCACUUGAAAUUUGGGGUUGCCAUAAUUUGGAAUCAUUGCCAGAAGAAAUCGGUGCCCUUACCUCUUUGCACACACUAGAUAUUCAAGAUUGUCCCAUCUUACGGAAAAGAUGCAAGAAGCAAAUCGGGGAAGAUUGGCAUAAAAUUUCUCACAUUCCUAAUUUGAGGCUAUAUCCGCAAGAAGAAGAGCCAGAUGAAGAAGAACCAAAUGAAGGAGCAAAGGAACCUGCUCGUCAGAAUUGGGAGUUAAUUAAAGCUUUUGGGUGCUGCAAUAGUUCAACUCAGCAACUCACUCACUGGAGAAUUGAACUGGGUAACGAUGCCAUAGGAAUCAGCUCAUUGAACAGCACAAGACAAGAAGUGGAGAGUAAAUAUAGAGCCCCAUGUAUAGGUGAUGUAGUGCUUUUAAUCUCAAAGUACAUUGAGAUACAGGGAUGAUUGCUUUCAUAUAGUCCGCAUAUAGCCUCAGGACUCCUGUGAAAGGUCAACAAAAGCAAAUGAAGUUUUUCAAACAAAUUUGUGGAAUCCAAGUUCCUGUGCUAGAUGAUGAAAAUUUUUCUAUGAGAAUAUCGGUUGGCCAUUCGAUUGUGGAAAGUUUUGCUCAAGGAGGGAGGACGGUGAUCACAUUAAGGGUUUUUCCAACUGAAGCAAUUGACUGGAGUUGUUCCGCAUGAGCUCUUGAAGCCAUUCUCAAAGCCAGGGGUCAAUGACCCUUUGUCGGAACAAAGAAGCAGCAGUGUAUAUGUGCCUAGGGACGAGGCAUUCUCAGAGGUGAAGCAGUUGACAUUUUCAGCGAAGACCCUAAAAUCUGUGAUGCAUGCACUGCAGCCUCAGCUUGAGAUAUCACUUCUUGACCCCCCACUUGGGAUUUCCACACUUCACUGCCAUAGACUCACUAUUUUGUGAAGGACUCACAUUGCCUAAGCCGACAAAUGCCAGCUUCUUUCAGUCAAUGCUACCAAGGCUAGUGAAGGCUGUAACUGAUACUCAAGAGAAUCUUUUGCUUUUUGGGACCCCUGCAUUCAUUGAUUGAGAUAAGUUUGCUUGGUUCAGGGAUGAAGAAUUUUCUAGGCAAACUCUAGCUGGUCUUAACCCAUAUAGCAUACAACUAGUUACGGAUUGGCCCAUGAAGAGUAAGCUUGAUCCUAAGAUCUAUGGACUGCCUGAAACUUUGAUUACAACAGAACUAGUGGAACGAGGGAUCAGAGGCAUUAUGACUGUUAAUGAGGCAAUCCACCUGAAUGGUUGAUGAAUGAGUCCUCUAAUUUCCAUGGUUGCAGGCCUUGAAAAGUAAGAGGCUAUUUGUGUUGGAUUAUCAUGAUCUGUUACUAUCUUAUGUGAACAAAGUAUGAGAGGUAGAAGGGACUACAUUGUAUGGUUCAAGGGCAUUGUUCUUCCUUACUAAGGAUGGCAUACUAAGGCCUGUUGCCAUUGAACUCACCCGGCCUCCCAACUGGUGACAAACCCCAAUGGAAGCAGGUUUUUACCCCAACGUGGGAUGCCACAGGUUGCUGGCUGUAGAGGCUGGCUAAAGCUCAUUUUUGUGCUCAUGACGUUGGUUAUCACCAGCUUGUCAUUUCACUGGUGAGCACUAUGCAAACAUGAACUCAAAUCACGAUAAAUUGGCAUUGCAAUCAACUUCUUCUGUGACUGAUUUUGGACAACCCUGAAACUAUGGCUGAGGACUCACUGCUGUACAGAGCCAUACAUUAUUGCAGCUAACCAACAAUUAAGUGCAAUGCAUUCAAUUUACAGACUUUUACUGUUUUACAUCCUCAUUUCAGAUACACAAUGGAAAUCAAUGCUCUUGCUCGAGAGAGCCUCAUUAAUGCAGGUGGGAUAAUUGAAAGCGCCUUCUCACUGGCUAAAUACUCCAUUGAAUUCAGUUCUGCUGCUUUCGACCAGCUCUGGCUGUUUGACAUGGAAGCUUUGCCAGCAGAUUUGAUUAGAAGGGGAAUGGCAGUUGAGGAUCCAACAGCUGAGCAUGGCCUGAGAUUAACCAUCGAAGACUACCCUUUUGCCAAUGAUGGUCUAAUCCUUUGGGAUGCCAUUAAGCAAUGGGUAAGUGAUUAUGUGAACCACUACUACCCUGAACCAUCUCUUGUUCAGUCUGAUGGGGAGCUUCAAGCUUGGUGGACAGAAGUUAGAACAAAAGGCCAUGCAGACAAGAAGGAUGAGCCAUGGUGGCCUGUCCUGAAAACACCAGAAAAUCUAAUUCAUAUUUUAACAACCAUAAUCUGGGUAAACUGCUGGGCACCAUGCAGCUGUGAACUUUGGGCAGUAUAUGUUUGCUGGUUACUUCCCUAACCGGCCUUCUAUAGCUCGAACCAACAUGCCAGCUGAGAAUCCAUCUGAUGAAGAAUUCAAGAACUUUUUGAAAAAACCAGAAGUUGAACUGUUGAAAUGCUUCCCUUCACAGAUUCAAGCAACCAAGGUGAUGGCUGUUUUGGAUGUUCUAUCAAUUCACUCACCAGAUGAGGAGUAUCUUGGUGAGAAUAUGGAACCAUCUUGGGAAGAAAAUCCUGUCAUAAAAGCUGCAUCUGAACAGUUUAGUGGCAGACUGAAGGAGCUUGAGGGAAUCAUUGAUGAGAGGAACACCAAUUUGAAACUGAAGAAUAGAGUAGGAGCUGGAGUUGUACCAUAUGAGCUCUUGAAGCCAUUCUCAAAGCCAGGGGUCACUGGUAGGGGAGUUCCUAAUAGCAUAUCCAUCUAAUGCGAUGGUAGUAGCAUCAGUUUUUGUGUAAAUAAAAUUGGGUACAUGUACUGAGGAAUUUCACAACCCUUCCAUCCCAUGUGAUUUUCUUGGUCUUGGAUAAGAUGGUUAAAACUUAAAAUGCUAUUUGUUCAAUUCCAAUCAGAUCUAA